AUGGCAGAUUUACCUACUCCUAAUGAUAUAAAUUAAGUAGCAAAGACCAAUCCCGAAAAUCAAACAGCAUUUUAUUAUUAAGCACCUGCUGUACCAUAAGCACAGCAAAUUAAUCCAAUUAUAGUAUUUCCUCCUUAAAUGUAAUAACAAAAUCAAAUGUAUUAUACAAAAAAUCAAGUACAACCUAUUGUGUACCCAUAAUUAUAACAACCUCAGUUAUAUCUUUAAUAACCUUUAUUACCAAAUUAAUAACAACAAUUACCUAAACCCUUAAUAACCUAAAAGUAGGAUACUUUGAAGCAUAAAGAGCUAAGUAUUGCUGGUUAUAUGGAGAGAAGACAUUUUAAUUUGUCAGUUUUAAAAUAUUACUUAUUCUGUUAAGCUUUAGCUCUAAUUUUAUGUUUAUGCUCUUAUAAGAAUGACUUUAUAAGGCUUUCAUAUAAUUUGAAUGGGCAUUUUAAAUUACCCUUUUACAUUUUUGUUAUAAUAAUGAGCUUAUCUUUGUUAUAUUCAUAUACAUCUCACAAAAAGUUAAGAGAUAAACAAUUAAGAACUAUUUUAGUUGUUACUUAUACAUUGUCUUAUGCAUUCUUUAUUUAAGCUAUUUACUCAUCUACUUAUUAUAUUUAUGAUACUUAAAGUAGUUAUUAUGGAAGUACUCUAAAAAGCUUUGGUGGUAAUGAAAUUUUAAUUAUUUUAUUUUGUUUCAUCAAUCUUGAAACUUAUUCAAUAUUUGCAUAUUGUAUGUAGGAAGUUGAAGAAUUAAGCAUAAAAAGUUAAAUUUAAUUAUUAUAUUUUUAGAUUCAUUUUGGUAUAUAAUCUUGCCAAAUUUGACUUUUGGAGGCAUUCUCUUUUCUCUUUAUUACAACUAUGAAAUAUUAUGCUUAAUUAUAGCAACGAGUUGCUGUUUUGGAUUUUAUCUUCUAUUCAUACUAAAGAGAAUGGUAGACUCUAAGAAAGUAAUUUUUAAAUAAUAGUUUAGUUUAACUUAAGAUCAGAUGAUGGUCCAUUCGCAGCUGUUUUGUUUAGCUUCCUGUUAUUGGUCCCAUUCUUUGAUAUGAAAUGCAAGAAUAAUGAUUAACAAGAAUAAAUAGCAUAGAGGGAAAUUUCUGAAUAGAAAAAUGCAAAAUGA